GUGUCCUCACACCCUUUCGCGGAUCCAAACCUAUUUAUAAUCUUCGUUUAAUUCUCAGCUCUCUCGUCCGUUCCCCUCUCCUACCCCUGCUCUCUCUCUCUCCUCCCUCUUUCUCACUCAUCGCCGAGCUUGAAAACCCUAGAAAACCCUCGAACCCCCGCAUGAUCUCGCCCCCGAUCCUUCUUGAUCUCGAAUCGGCUUCCAAUUUCUGACGCCUGUGAGAGAUUCUGCUCGUGAUUCUCUAUCGACGGAGAUCUCCACCGCUGGGAAUGGCGAGCAACGUCUCCACAGUCUACAUCCAGGUCAUCGAUGACGUCGUAAGCAAGGUUCGAGACGAGUUCAUCAAUUCCGGCGCCGGCGAGGCGGUGCUGAACGAGCUUCAAGCGUUAUGGGAGAUGAAGAUGCUGCAGUGUGGGGCAAUAUCAGGAAACAUUGAAAGACCACCUGCACCGAAGCAAGGUGCACCAGGCCAAAUCACCCCAGUUCAUGAUUUAAAUGUUCCAUAUGAAGGCCCGAUUGAGGAGUAUGAGACUCCGACAGCAGAAAUGCUGUUUCCACCAACACCAUUGCAGACCCCAAUCCCGACUCCAUUGCCUGGAACAGGUGAUCAAGGAAUGUAUAACAUCCCCACAGGUCCAUCUGAUUAUGCCCCAAGUCCAAUUAGCGAUGUCAGGAAUGGUCUUGACGUGAAAGGUGGAAGACCCAGUCCUUAUAUGCAACCCCCUUCUCCGUGGAUGACUCAACGUCCUUUGGGUGUGGACGUUAAUGUUGCCUAUGAGGAAGGACGUGAAGAGGUGGAUAGAGGAGCUUCCCAUCAGGCAGCAACUCAGGAUUUCUUCACCUUGCAAUCUGGGAAGCGCAAACGAGAUGAUUAUGCUUCUUUAACAUCUGGCGGUCGUAUGCCACAGCAAGAUGGAAGUGGAGAUGUGGCAAUUGAGUUUUUACUUCCUGAGGCAAGCCAGUUCCAAAGUUCAUCAACCCGACAUAGCAAAGAAGCUACACUUAGUGGAACACUCUCACAGGAAGCAAGAGUGGCUCCACUACUCCCUCAGCAAGAUGGAAUCCAUGAUGAAUAUGACGAAUUGUUUCCUUUCCAAGGAGUUGCCAAUGAAGACUAUAAUAGCAAUACACCUGCUGACCAUGGUGAACUAAGAGCUCCAACGCCCUCUGUUGGUACACCAAAAGCAUCCAAAGGUGAAGCUGUAGAUGAUGAUGAACCUCCAUUGAAUGAAGAUGACGACGACGACGACGAUUUGGAUGAUUUCGAUCAAGGAGAGGAAGAGCCCCAUACUCAACAUCUAGUUCUUGCACAGUUUGAUAAGGUAUCCCGAACAAAAAGCCGGUGGAAGUGCACUCUCAAGGAUGGGAUAAUGCAUCUCAAUAGUCGUGAUAUUCUUUUCAAUAAGGCUAAUGGGGAGUUCGACUUUUAAAUUCUGAUCGGGAAGUUGAUUCGCCCAAGUAAUUUUUCCUACUGUGAUUUGAAGAGCCUCGAGUCGCUGCUGCAGAGUUGGUUGUACAAAAGGAUGCCCGAUUACCAAAUGGAUGGUCUGGGGGCAGUGAUGUUCGUUAUAAUGAUGCUAAGUUUAUCCGGUGCUGUACAUCUAUUUUCCUGCAUAAGUAAUACAACUGCACCAAUUAUUUAUUUCAGCCUGAGAAAAUCUGUAGAGAUACUUCCCUCUGAAAUUAUUCUGCUUUUAAAUUAUUCUGAUAAGAAUAUUUAUCUAGGCUUCGUCUAUUGAAUGACUGUUCAUGAAAUUCAUGGUAUGUAGCAUUUUAUUGAUUCU